UUGUGCAUUCGUGUGUAGGUUGUCUUAAAUCUGCCUUCUCAUGGAUCUGAUUUCUGCUUGUGAAUGGGCGAUGACUCCUGUAGGUUUGGAUGCCAUGGCGGCAAACCUGGUAUCCAUGUCCCCGAAUGCCACUGCAGUGGGAUCAACGGGCAUCUCUGUGGCAACCAGAACCCUAAUAUUGCUUUUCUGUCUGCUGCUGGUUGCCUGGAGCCACACAGACAAAAAAAGUGUACCAGGUCCUUCUUUCUGUCUGGGUUUGGGGCCACUUCUGUCAUAUGUAAGAUUCCUCUGGACUGGUAUAGGCACAGCCAGCAACUACUACAACAAGAAGUAUGGAGACAUUGUCAGAGUUUGGAUCAAAGGAGAGGAGACCCUUAUACUCAGCAGGGCAUCAGCGGUGCACCAUGUACUGAAGAAUGGACAUUAUACGUCACGUUUUGGGAGCAAGCAGGGACUCAGCUGCAUCGGCAUGAAUGAGCGAGGCAUCAUAUUUAACAAUAACGUAAAUCUCUGGAAAAAGAUACGCACCUAUUUUACCAAAGCCCUGACAGGUCCGAGCUUGCAGCAGACAGUGGAGGUUUGCGUCUCCUCCACACAGACUCACUUAGACGGCUUGGACAGUUUGGAUCAAGUGGAUGUCCUCAGUUUGCUGCGCUGCACUGUGGUCGACAUCUCCAACAGACUCUUCCUGGGUGUACCUGUGAGUGAGAAAGAACUUCUGCUGAAGAUUCAGAAGUAUUUUGACACAUGGCAGACGGUGCUGAUCAAACCAGAUAUUUACUUCAAGUUUGACUGGAUUCACCAGAGACACAAGACAGCAGCCCAGGAGCUGCAAGAUGCUAUAGAGAGCCUUGUAGUACAGAAGAGGCGAGAGGUGGAGCAGGCAGAUACACUGGACAACAUCAACUUCACCGCAGAGCUCAUAUUUGCAGAGAACCAUGGAGAACUGUCUGCAGAGAAUGUGAGGCAGUGUGUGCUGGAGAUGGUGAUCGCAGCACCAGACACUCUGUCCAUCAGCCUCUUCUUCAUGCUGCUGCUCCUCAAACAAAAUCCAGAUGUGGAGCUGAAGCUGCUACAGGAGAUAGACACUGUUGUAGGUGAGAGAAAGCUUCAGAACGGGGAUGUUCAGAAGUUGCAGCUGCUGGAGAGCUUCAUCAAUGAAUGCUUGCGCUUCCACCCUGUGGUGGACUUCACCAUGCGUCGAGCCCUGUCUGAUGACAUUAUAGAUGGCUACAGGGUACCGAAGGGCACAAAUAUCAUUCUGAACACCGGCCACAUGCACCGGACAGAGUUUUUCCUCAAACCCAAUGAAUUCAGUUUGGAAAACUUUCAAAAAAAUGCCCCGCGUCGUUACUUCCAGCCGUUCGGCUCUGGCCCUCGUGCCUGUGUUGGUAAGCACAUCGCCAUGAUGAUGAUGAAAUCCAUCCUGGUGACACUGCUCUCCCAGUUCUCUGUUUGCCCCCAUAAGGGCUUGACCCUGGAUUGCCUCCCACAGACCAACAACCUCUCCCAGCAGCCUGUAGAGCAUCAGCAGGAGGCCGAACAUCUCAGCAUGAGAUUUUUACCCAGGCAGAGAGGUAGCUGGCAAACGCUCUGAGACUCUGACCUAUAUUGUUUUCUUCAUUUGUAUCGAUACAUUUAUGCAGAAUAUAUACAUAUACUACAUUAUCUCCAAUACUUUGUUUAUAUUAUCUUAUAACUGUACAAAGCCCACUUUUGUAUUUUGGUAUGUAUUAGCAUUGUAUUUCUACUUGAACUAUUAUGCAUUAUGUGAAAUGUAAGUUUA